AUGAACGGCAACGCGGCCAAGCCCACCUCACACGGCACGGCGGCCAUGCCCCACACCCCUCUCACCCCUCGUCGCAGCCAUGCCGAGCUCCCUCCUCUGCCGCCCGAGGAGCCCCAGUCCGAACUCUUUGCCUGGUUCUACGCCCUCCUGGCCCUCGUCCUUCCCUUUAUCACGUUCAUGGUCGUCCUCCCCGUUCAGAUCGUGCUGGGUAUCACCAAAGGCAUGAUCAUCGUCUACAAGGAGCUCAUUGAGGGGCGCAACAAGCCGCCCGCCCCCUGUGGUAAAACCUAA